AUGAAAGCAUCGCCCCCAAAUCUGAUUAAUCAAGCCAUAACAGCUAGUCGAGUCAGGAAUACUACGCAUGUUUCUAGCGUACAACAUCUUUGCUCUGAACUUACACGGAAACGACAAACCCGAAUGAUAUGUAGCUCUAAAACUAGAAGCUCACAAAGGCCGAAAUUUCUAGCGCCCGUCACAUCACUGUCUCGAAGAACAUUUUACGCUAGCUCAAAACUCCAGGCAACCAAGGAUCCAUACCGGGUGUUAGGUGUCAGCAACCAGGCAUCUUCUUCGGAGAUAAAAAAAGCAUAUUACAGUUUGGCAAAAAAGUUUCAUCCGGAUACCAGUAAAGAGCAGAACGCCAAGGAAAAAUUUGCAGAAGCCCAAUCAGCCUAUGAACUCUUGAAUGAUCCCCAGAAAAAGGCCGCUUGGGAUCAGUAUGGAUCAGCUGCAUUUGACCAAGGUGCUAAUGCCGGAAACCCUGGGGGGCCUGGUAUGGGUAACGGACCAUUCGGGGCUGGAGGCCCUUUUGGAGGGGGCUUCGGGAUGGAUUUUAAUUUUGAAGAAAUAUUCAAGAACUUUACCGGGAAUGCUGCGGGGAGUCGACGAAGAGGUGGUCGAAAUCCCUUCCAGAAUGAAGAAAUUCUCGUUGGAGACUCAGUUGAGAUUCAGACCAGUGUAUCUUUUAUCGAAGCAGCAAAGGGUACUUCCAAAACAAUUGUCAUUAACCCUCUAAAUACUUGCAAGAGUUGCUCCGGAAGUGGCCUUAAACCGGACAUAAAACGGUCUUCUUGUAAGCAGUGUAAUGGAACCGGUACUAGGAUUCAAUUUGUUUCUGGUGGAUUUCAAAUGGCCUCAUCUUGUAGCGCCUGUGAUGGUCAAGGAAGUUCAAUUCCUAGAGGUGGUGAAUGUCGAACAUGUUCUGGAAAUGGUGUCACAAGAGAACGUAAAACUCUUAAUAUUGACAUACCUGGCGGUAUCGAAGAUGGUAUGCGUUUACGAAUCGACGGCGAAGGUGACUCUCCUGCUACAGGCACAAUCUCUGAUCCAAACAUACGGACUAAACGUGGGGACUUGUAUGUCCUUGUUAGAGUAGCAACGGACCCUAAAUUUAAACGAACUGGCCAUGAUGUGCUAUAUACGGCUACUGUUCCACUCACAACAGCUUUGCUGGGCGGUGAGAUCAAGGUUCCAACUUUGGAUGGAGAGGUUAACAUAAAGAUUGCCACUGGUACUGCAACUGGUGAUACGAUCACAUUGAGCGGCCGUGGUAUGAAGAAACUUGAUGACAGGCGAAGAAGCUUCGGGGACCUGAGGAUCGAAUUUAAAGUUGCAAUACCAAAGUACUUAACAGCUAAUCAGAGAACCAUCAUUGAGAUGCUUGCCGAUGAGUUAAACGAUCGAACAGCUAUACGAUUCAUGACUCCCGGAAAAUCAAGCCCAUCAGGUUCAUCCUCGGAUGCUUCUAAUGGAGAAGGGUUCCUUAAAUCUGUCUGGCACAAAUUGACUGAAACUCCUGACCAAUCCAAAGAUAAUUCUAAUGGCAACAACAAAACCGAUAACAAAAACGCUAAAUCCGGGGAUAGUGGAGAGACGAAAGAAACCUAA